CAGUAUAUAUACAUGGAAGCACCACUCUGACAUACAAACACGGCAAGCCCUGAAAGAUACACAAGCCAAAAGCAGCAAAUUACAGUCAUGAAGGUGUUUGUGGUACUAGCCAUUGCAGUGCUGUCUGGCUGUCACGCCAAUCUCUUCUAUGCUGAUCCACCCAAGCCACAACUGGAAGUGCUGACUGAUGCUUUCUGGGACUACAUUGCCAAGGCCACCCAGACAGCUGAUGACACCCUCCAGAUGAUCAGGAAGUCCCAGUUUGGACAGGAAGUCAAUGCCCGUCUGGCAGACAGUGCUGACAUUGCUGGGAAAUACGCAGUCACCCUCCAGGAGCAACUUCCCCCUGCAGCCCAGGACCUGAUGACCAAGAUCACCGCAGAGGCUGAUGUGCUAAGAAAUGUGCUGACCCAGGAGCUUACUUCUGUCAGAGACAAGCUGGAGCCUUACACCGAGGAUAUGAAGGCCCAGAUCCAGCAGAGAGUGGAGCAGCUCAAACAGGAGUUGGCCCCCUACGCAGACUCCCUGGACUCUGAGGCCUUGAGGACGACCCUGAUGCAGAAGAGCGAGGAGCUGAAGACUAGCUUGGAACAGAGUGUGAAGGAUCUGCAGGCUCAGCUGGGGCCCUACACUGAUGACCUGAAGCAGAAGGUGGACCAGCACCUGCGGGACUUUCAAAAUAGUGUGACCCCCAUGACAGAGAAGGUCCAGGUCGAGCUAAGUCAGAGGGCCAACCUCGUGAAACAAGUGGUGGCCCCUUACGCUGAGGACUUGAGAGAAAAGUUGGACCCCUAUGCACAGGACCUCCAAGCUCAGCUCAUGUCGCUCUACCAGUCCUUUGUCCAAGCCAAUUAAGCCAACAUCCUCCACAGUCAACCUGCUCCAUCACUGACCAAAAUGCCAGCUUUGUUUGGUCUACCGCUGUAUGAAGCAUAUUAUAAUUUAAAUAGCUGAAUUGUACUGUAAACCAAAUUAAGCUGGAUGUAUAGCCAUGAAAUAAUAUUUAUUGCUAAGUGCAACAUUUGUAAAGCAAACCUCUGCACUUGUCAGGCAUGUACAUACUUCGUUUUUAUUGUGUGUGGAAGCUGUAUGUUUUUCUAAUUCCUGUAAGUUAUGAAAAAAUAAAUAGAUGAAUGUAGAAAA